AUACCAACGAAAUGGAACAUUGAAAUGGGAAACUCCAUUGAAUAUUGACGGUCGGCGAAUUCGUGCGUGUUUGAAUUUGCUGUCGCAACUCUUACAGCUCUACUACAAUCACACCGAACAACACUUUAGGACUAGGCGUUUUUUUUUUGUAUUGACGAAUAUAAGCAAAAAAAAAAAUACACAAUAAAAUAUAUCCAGCGAAGACGCAAAUUAAAAAGGAGGGCACACACAGGAUAACAAAAUGGGCGAACAACCAAUUUUCACAUGCCAGGCUCAUGUUUUCCACAUCGAUCCGAAGACCAAACGUACCUGGAUUACGGCCAGCAUGAAGGCCGUUAAUGUCAGCUUUUUUUAUGAUAGUUCCCGGAAUCUCUAUCGCAUCAUCUCAGUGGAAGGCACCAAGGCAGUUAUCAAUUCCACAAUCACACCAAGCAUGACAUUCACACAGACAUCCCAGAAAUUUGGCCAAUGGAGCGAUGUUCGAGCCAACACAGUCUAUGGCCUUGGAUUUGCAUCCGAGGCGGAACUGACCAAGUUUGUGGAAAAAUUCCAAGAGGUUAAGGAGGCGACGAAAAAUGCAAUGAAAUCUGCAAAUGGCUCCAAUGCAGUAACUCCGACCACUUCGGCAAAUACUUCACCCAUUUCUGGUCGUGCGGUUGGCAUGCAGAAUGAUAAUACCGUCAUUGAUCCCCAUACUGUGGAGCCACCGAAUAUGAAUAAUACACAGAAUGCCAAUCCGGAUAGUCCAUCGCAUAAGCUGCUGAAUACAGUUGAUGGCAAACAGGAUAUCAGUUCGGCCACACCUUCACCACAGCCCUCAUCGGGAGCAACGGUUACGGGCGGCGGUGGCAUCACCAUAUCCUCCGGUGGCAGCAUUGUGGGCAUGCAUACGGGUCCAGGCGCUGGUGCUACAGCUGAACAGCAAUUGAAAUAUGAAAACGAACGUCUCAAAAUGGCAUUGGCUCAAAGCUGUGCCAAUGCAAAGAAAUGGGAAAUUGAGCUCGCCACCUUGAAGAAUAAUAAUAUACGCUUAACAAGCGCCUUGCAGGAAUCUACGGCUAAUGUGGAUGAAUGGAAGCGUCAAUUGCAUACCUACAAGGAAGAGAAUAUACGUCUAAAGCGAGAUAUGGAAGUUUUACGUGUGGGUGGCGCGGGAGGAGCAGUAGCUGGCGGCGGCGGUGGUGGUGGUGGUGGCGGACCUACAGAUGAUGAACUGCGUCGUGAGGUGGCCGCUCUGAAAGCACGCACUGAGCAAUUACAGACAGAACUGUUGCAACAGGAAAUUGAGCUUAAAUCGGCCAAUAUGAGUUUACGUGAAAAGUGCAAUGAUCAAACUCUGGCCAAACUAAGCGAACUGAAUGUGGUUUUUGCCAAACAAUUGUCAGAGUUAUAUUCGGUGCAAAAGGAUAUGGAAAAUCUUAUACAUCCAGCAAAAUGCACUUGAGACCCAGAAAUGGGGGCGAAAAGAAAGGUUUCAGCGCAGGAACAGAAUACAAUGGCAAACACAACUACAACGACAACAUCAUCAUCAUCAACAACAACAACAUCAGGAACCACAAAUACAACUACAACAACUAGUAAACGUUAUUUAAGCAAUUUUCUAACAACGGCCGAGGCCGAGAGCACCCUCUCCAAUGUCACUUCAAUACACACCCAGCUGCAGUCAUCGCUCUAUGAGCAACAGAAUACGGCCCAAUUGACAGCAUUGGACAAGCAUUCGGCGUUGCUUCAAGAGCUGCAUCAACGUCAAGUGGCACCCAAUCGACGUAGCUCGGCCACCACAACGGUUGCUGCCGCUGCCGGUGCCGCCACUGCAAAUGUCACCUGUGAUGAGGGGACAGUUGCUGCUGGUGGGGCUAAAACUGCCACCAUACUUGUUUCUAAAUCAAAAACUAAAACUGGGCUGCCCUUGUUGCUAAAAAAUUCCAUUAACAAUUAGACAAACUACAAAAUCAAUGAGAGAGAGAAGCGAACAAAUAACAAAACAAAAAAAACAGAUAGUCAACAUUUUGUAAUCUUUGUAUUGGUAGAUUGUAAACAGAAACAAAAAAAAAAAACACAAAAGGAAAAAGAAUCAUUCACCAAAAAACACUUUCACACCCCACGCUAGAAAUUUAAUUGUAAGAAAGUUUGACAACGGAAACCAAAAAUCGAAGAAUUUUCCAAAUUUCUAAUGUUUAUGCAUUUACAUUUGCUCGUGAGAUUUUUUUUUAACAAUUUCUUUUUGAUAUUUUUAGGGAAAAUCUUGAAAUUUUGCUGUAAGCCGCCAGUUAGUAUAAAUUGGUUGUCUUUUCGAAUUUACGUAUACGUAACUUUUGUGCACUUAUCGAUUAACUGUUUGUAAUAUUCAAAUGUUUUCGAACAAUUUCAUCAUAAUCUAUUUAAAGACUUCAUGAAGAAAUUAUUUUCGUGCAAUAUCAUUGAACUAUGCUUUAAUUAUUGGCAAUACAUACUUUUAAAUAGAAAAGCAUACGUAUAUAUGAGAUUAUGUUUUCAAAAUCCAUAAAAUGUAGCAGGAUUGAUGGAAUUCCUUUUUGGCAAUUUUCUAUAAUUUGAAAGUAAAUUCUUCGAUUUUGUCCAUCUCUCUGUUAAUUAUAUUUAUUUAAAUAUCUUUCGGUAUUACUUCUUUCGAGUCAAAACAAAAACAAAAUAAAACAAAUGCCCAGUAUUUAAAUGAAAUUAUUUUGUAUUCAAAAUUGUCAGUACCUCUCUGCACUGUGACUUUUCUCUUUUAUUAUGAUUAUUUUUUUGGUUCGUUUAGAAUCAAACACGAAAAUAAAAUACUGAUAUUCUCGUGCGCAUUUGAAAGUGCAAUAUUAUAUACAUUUUAUUAUAUAUAAGACAAACAUAAAACAAUUGAUACUAUGUGCUCUAAUAGAUACAUUCAUUUAUAUACAUAUAAUUAUAUACACAUUUUCUGCUGAUUGUUAAUUAAUUUUUAAAUGAGAGCUUGACAAUGAAUUACUCCAUCAUCAAAUUAUUUCCAAAGACAAAAACUAAAACAAAACAAAAAAACAAAGAACAAAAAUUGAUAUUGUAAAUGUGCUCGAAAUUUUUAUAUGAAAUCUUUUUCGAUAUUUUCUAAGAAACUUGAAUGUCUGUAUUAAUUUAUUAUAAUAAUUGUAUUUUGGAUUAAACAAUUCUGUGUUAGUUUUUUUUGUCAGGUUUGAAAUUGUUUUUAUUGACUUUUGUCAACGAAAUGAUGCAUAAAUCAAACCGCCUAACACAUUCUCUUCCCUAUUUAUUGCAAUUAAAUACUAAUUUACUAGCAUUAUAUAUACAUAUAUAUAUAUAUUUAUAAAUAUAUGAAACAUAUAAACUAACAAUGACUUAGACGACGAAACAUACUAAAUGAAAAAUUCACAUAAAAUAUAAUAUUAAUUUUAAACAAAAUGAGAACAAAAACAAACAAAGAACAAAAUGAAAAAUCUAGCAAAGUAAACAAAUACCAAGUCAAGUAUGUGCAUCAAUGGAAAACUAGUUUAAUAUAUUAACAAAUUAAAUGUAUAUAUACAUAUUUAUAUGAAUAAAUAUGUAUCAAAUAACAAAAACAAAAAAUAACGAAGAAAAAGCCAGCAAGAAAAUAUUAUAAAUAAUAAUAUUAAUAUACAAUGCAAAUCUCCCCGAUUUACCCCCACUCACACAAACACAUGCAGUUUGUUGCAACCACGAAACGGUAAAGAUAUAUAGACACAGUAUAAACACCGAACUUAUUGCGGUUAUAUUCUAGCCAUAUAUUGUUAUGCAUUUGACCGUUGCGUUAUUGCAUAAUUAACCCAGUUAAAACGAAAAGCGAGAGAACAAACUUAAAUAAACAAAUAAAAUAAAAUAAAAAUGUUGAACAUACAAAUUUAGCAGUUAAAACAAAAUGAACAAAACCGAAAAUAAAUACAUUAAUAUAUGAAAAAUAAAAUACAAAUUAAAUUCAA